GAGCGUCUUUCCUGAUUAGCGCAGAGUUUUAUGCCUGGACUUUGAACAACUUGAUAUUUCCUUGUACUCUAAUAAUAGUAAGGGACUUGCAGAUACGUAUUUCUACCACCGUCUCACUAAAAAGGAACAUGGCUGACGAUGACGUGCAGAGUCUUGGGGACUCUGUGGACGCCCUAAGAUUUUUUUCAAAGAGGCACGAUGCAGAGCCUACAGGCAGCAGUAAGACUGCUGAGGAAAUAGACUCCGUCCGCAGCAGCAGUAAUACAGAAGGCUCUGAUACUUACCGCUACAAGAUGGACUAUCCCUGCCUCGGAAUCUGUCUGAUCAUCAACAAUAAGAACUUCCACAGCAGCACAAAGAUGAGUGCUCGUAACGGGACGGAUCUAGAUGCUGCCAAUGCUUUAAAGACCUUCUCUGAGAUGGGUUUCAAAGUCCAUUUUUCCAAUGAUCAGACCGUGAAGGAGAUGAGACAGCUGUUGUCCAAUGCAUCCAAGGAGGACCACAGUAAAAAUGCAUCAUUUGUAUGCGUGUUGCUAAGUCACGGAGAUGAGGGGGUGAUAUACGGCACUGACGGCUGUGAAAAGCUUGAUGAGCUGACAAAAUACUUUAAAGGAGAUCGCUGUAAGAGCCUGGUGGGGAAACCGAAGCUGUUCUUCAUACAGGCGUGUCGUGGUUCGGACCUGGAUGACGGAUCCUGCCUCGAGUCCGACAGUGUAGAUGAGCAAACACCAGAGAGGAUUCCUGUGGAGGCCGAUUUCCUGUACGCUUAUUCCACUGCUCCAGGCUACUACUCGUGGAGAAACACUUCCAACGGCUCCUGGUUCAUGCAGGCGUUGUGUGAGAUGCUGCAGCGUUUCAGUGGAGAGCUGGAGCUGAUGCAGAUCAUGACCCGGGUCAACCGCAAGGUGGCACUGCACUUUGAGUCCUCAUCCAACCUACCGGGAUACAGUGGCAAGAAGCAAAUCCCCUGUAUCGUGUCAAUGUUGACCAAAGACGUCUACUUUCCUAACUAGAUUAAGAUCAACCUUUUUGUACCAAACAAAGCUACUGACCUGUGGGACCAAAGGGGUGGUAUUACAAAUGUGCUCUGUUUGGCAUUUCUUUUAAUUCAUGUGAUGCAAUACAGAUACUAAAGGGUGUUGGGACCAUGUCCAGGGAGGUAGUUUUAAUUGUUUCAGUGAUUUACACACUUGACCUUUAGCAGAAGCGUGGGAAUGUCUAAUUUUACUACACAAACACAAUACUGUGUAUUUAAAGGAUAAACAAUGAGUUUACAAUAUUAAACAUGUCGCCCUUUUUACAGUUCUUGAAUGCAAUAAAUUGAAUGGAUCAUCAUAAAAUAUAUCAGCACAUCGCAUGAAGAUCAGUUACUAGGAAAGCACUCAGGAUUGUAACUGGAUAAAGUUAUGUUGUGAACUUACUGUAUGUGGAUAAUUGUACACACAGCAUUUUAUUUAUUCAACGGUUUAUUUGUUUUAUUUGCUCAAAUGAAAUGAUUCUUUGUAACAAUCUCUCCACAAACUUAUU